CCCAAAAGUUCGCAGAAAACAACCUCAAAAUUGCUGGUGAUCUUAGCGCUGAGGGUGGGAAUAUUCGAGCGCAUUCAACUGACAACGAACGCCCUCACAGCGCAGCCUCCUUUGCUCAGCUCAGCUCUAUUGAAAUUUGAGCAUCUCUUUCACUUGAACUCAACCCCUCACUGGGAGCCACAAACAUCGCCCCGAGUGCUAUCACGUAUUUACCGACUUUAGAAAACCCCACAUAUUGCAUUAGUGUGGACGAGUUCGCCGGGAAUGGAGGCAAAUGUGGAGCAGGCGGUCGCAAUCGCCCUGGAUCCCUCUGCAGACCCAAACCUCAGAGCCCAGGCAACUGCGUUUUGCGAGCAGCUGAGAGCCUCAUCGGAUGGAUGGCAGGUCUGCCUCAAACUCUUUGUCAAGGCACCUCGCAGUUCGGACCACACCAGGUUCUUCUCUCUCCAGAUUUUGGAGGACCUUCUCCAGAACAGAUUCGGCAACCUUUCCUCAACACAAAGAGCGACGUUACGGCAGCAGCUAUGGGGCCAUUUGAAGGAGGGGAUGGACCGAAACGAACCUGCAUUCAUUCGGAACAAAUUUGUCCAAGUUCUUGUCCUGCUCUUUGCAAACGAAUAUCCAGAGGAGUGGCCGACGUUCUUUGAUGAUCUUCUGUCGCUGGUGGACGCAUCCAAAGGCGGGCCACGUGGAUCCAUUAUCAUUGACGUUUUCUUACGGGUGUCACUGGCGAUUGAUGAUGAGAUUGCGAAUCAAUUGAUCGCUCGGCAUGCAAGUCGGGUCGCCCGCAAUACCUUGCUGAAAGACGUGAUGCGAGAAGGAGCGGUUGCCAAGCUUGUGGCAGCCUGGGGAGAUAUCCUCAUGAGCAGUUAUCAAAACAACCCAGACGUCGCAAAUGCUUGUCUCCAGCUGUUUGGGCGUUACGUUUCAUGGAUUGAUAUCAAUCUGGUGGCCAAUGCCAGCUUCAUGUCCGCACUCUACCAGUUCAUUGGGGAAGAAAACCUGCGUCAAUCCGCUUGCGAAUGCUUGACCGAAAUCAUAGCGAAGGGCAUGGCGCCCCUGGACAAACUCAACUUGAUCCAAGGGCUGAACGUGGCAUCAGUGUUGGGCGGGUUUGACACCUCCGACUCGGACUUUGUGGAAGUCGCAGCACGCCUCGUCAAUGUACUGGGACUGGAACUAUGUCGAUGCUGGGAGGAAACGGGCUCGGUGCCAGAAGCACAGGAAGCAGCGUUCUCGUUGCUGCAGCAGGUGUUCCCGUACCUUGUUCAAUACCUAGCGUUCGAAUACGAUGAGGUCACGCAAGGGCUAUUGCACUUCCUCGGGUCAUAUCUGAACGUUCUGAAGAAGCUUGGGCGGGAUCAACAAACCGGCGGAAUAUCGGACAAUCUGCUUGCACUCCUACGCACGAUCAUUCUGAAGAUGAAGUAUGACGAGGAAGAGGAUCAUCAGUUUGGUGGGGAUGCUGGCAGCAUCGAUGCCGAGUUCAUCAAGCUGCGGGAGAACUUAAAACCGCAUUUCGACGCCAUCGGAGCGAUCGACAAAUCUCUCUUCAUUUCGAACGUUACCUCAGCCGUGGUCGGAAUAUUCGACCGGUAUGCAGAGAACUCGGGUGGCAUGAGUUGGUCGGAGGCCGAACUCGCCCUCCAUCUGGUGUAUAUAGUUGGUGAAUCUACACAAGGCACUGGACAAUUUCUGAGUGAAGGACCUUCGCCACAACCUGCGCCAUUGGCGGAGAUGCUGACGAAGAUGAUCACGAGUGGCAUAUCCUUAUACCCCCACCUGUCGAUCUCAUCCCUCUUCUGCGAGAAUCUUGCGCGGUACCCCCAGUUCUUCGACCACUUCCCCCAAUAUUUACCCAACGCCCUUGAAGCUUUCGUGGACCAGAGGGGCCUACAUCACGACAAGAUUGCGAUUCGCAGUCGAGUGUAUUACCUCUUCUCACAGUUCGUGCGGGCGACGAAGGCCAAACUCGCCCCGUUUGUAGAAACUGUCCUGAACAGUAUCCAGGAUCUGCUCGUGGUGCAGUUGCCAGCACCACGAGUGCCGCCAGCGGAUGGCGAGGACGAGGCCACGAGCGUGACAUUUGACAGCCAGCUUUAUGUUUUCGAAGCGGCAGGAAUGAUGAUAUCGCUGGACGCCAUCAGUCCGGAAAAGCAGGCAGAUCUACUUACGGCCGUUCUCACACCGUUAAUGAUGCAAAUGGAGGAAAUCAUGAAGAACGAGCUUUACCUCCGCGACUCGCCACCAGACAACGUCGUGUUCACUCUUCAGCUCAACCACAUCAUCUGCGCAAUCGGGAGUACGAGCAAAGGCUUCCCUGAUGUCGUAUCUGGCAAAGCCACGCGGACGGUUCCACCAUGGGCUUUGGUCUUCCAGCAGGCCCUGGACGUGAUUGCUGCUGUGCUGGAACGGUUGCAUAAUAGCGAAUUGAUUCGUGAUGCUGCUCGAUUUGCAUUCCAGCGGAUGGUGCACAGUAUGGGAACAAACAUCAUGAACCACGUCGGGCCGUUAAUCACCGCCGGUCUAUGGAACAACAGCACUCCGAAGGAGCUCCUGGACUUCUUACCGUUCCUUGGGCUCAUCACACAUAAAUUCAAGCCCGGUGUGUUCCCGCUGUUGAACGAACUGGUCGGGCCAUUGCUGACGAGUAUCUUCGCAAGCCUCAAUCAACCUGUUGAGGGCACCGACGAUGCUUUCUCACGGCUGGAGCUCCGUAAGGCAUAUCUGAACUUUUUGGCGCAAGUUUUCAAUUCCGACAUGGAGGGGAUCUUGCUGACAGAACGAAACAUGCCACAACUGAACAUGGUCCUGCAAUCCGUCCUCCACUUCUUCAAAGAGCCCGCCGACUCGGCCUCCCAAAAGCUCGCCUGCUCCGUCCUCGUCAAAUGCGUCAUCUCCUGGGGCACAGCAGAAGGCAACACCAUCAAAAUCACGAAAACAGGCAAAGCGCUCAAACCCGACAAGUCGAAAACCACCUCCCCCGCUUUACCCCGCCAACAAUCCAACCCUUCAACCCUCGGCACCGCCGACUCAGACCCGUCCCUUCACCAACAACAACCGCAAUCCCUCCCCGGCUUCGAACAGUUCAUGUACGAGAACAUCGUCCCGAUCCUGUUUGAAGUCCCAUUGAACCCGCAGUUCGACCCGAACGAUGGACAGAAUUGGCUGGUGAUGUCGGAGAUCUCGGCGCUGCAUUGCGCGCUGUUUAUGGCGCAGGGUGCGAAAUACGUGGACUUCUUGAGGGCGCGGUACCUGCCGACGCUUGGGUUUGACCCGGCGGCGUCGGAGGCGUUUUUGAGGGAGUUGCAGGUGAAGGAUAGUCGGGGGUUGAAGCCGAUACUUACUGAAUUCAUCAAACUCUACAAGAAACAACGGCGAUGACUUCCCUAACCAGACGCAACCACACGCAUUCAAAACUCUCUUUGCUCUCCUCCCGCACCCUCUGCAUCAACAUGCCUGCUCGCAACUCAUGACAUCCAUCAGUCUCCGCGCAUUCGCCGCAAGCUUCCAGUCGCUUCUCCAAAACAUGAACCCUACCUCAGUUUGUGGGACCAACCACCCCAAAACCCUCCUCUUAGAUCGCCUAUUCCCCUACCAACGUGCCACUCAACCCCAUCCCCUAACCCCGCCGCUGCUGCCACUUUGGUCCGUCUCUCGCUUCCGUGAUUCCAGAAGGGGGGCUCCCCAACC